AUGGCGCGCAACAGUGAAAAAGCGCAGUCCAUGCUCUUCCGCUUCCGCGAGCAACAAGCCGCCGAUCUCGGAAUCAUCGACGCGGGGCGAACCCGCCGGCCCAAAGUGAUCACAGAAGUGAACUCGAUCCCCUCCUGCGAGAAAUGGCGUGGCCAAGUUGUGAAGGACAUUUCACGAAAAGUGACCAAAAUCCAAGAUCCCAGUCUCUCCGACUACCAGAUCCGCGACCUCAAUGACGAGAUCAACAAGCUCAUGCGCGAGAAACACAUGUGGGAGGUGCAGCUCCGCAACCUCGGCGGGCCAAACUACAUGCGCUUCGGGCCUAAGGCCUACGACGAGGACGGGCGCGCCGUGCCCGGCUCCCGGGGGUACAAGUACUUUGGGCGGGCGCGGGAGCUGCCGGGCGUCAAGGAGCUGUUUGAGGAGCUGCAGCCCAAGAAGACGGGGAAGAAGGACGACGAGAAGCGCGCGCGGGGCGAGAUGCGGAGGAAUGUCGAUGCCGAGUACUAUGGCUUCAACCGCGACGAGGAGGACGGCGUGCUGCUGGCGUAUGAGCGUAGGAAGGAGGCCGAGGCGAUGGAGAAGACGAUGAGGGGUGCGGGAGGGGAGCCGCCGGCGGGGUGGGAUGCGGUGCCCGGUGGGUGGAGGGUGCCGAGCUUGGAUGAUGUGACGGAGUUUUUGGUGGAGAGGAGGAAGGCGAGGUUGUUGGAGCGGCUUGGGUGA